AUGGUUUCCCGUGAGUUCCUGUUGCUGGUGCUCGGAGUCGCCGCGAGUGGAGCUUCCCCGGCGAGGACUCGACGUGGGGCUCAGGGCGUUGUGGUCCCUCCUGAACCGAAGUACAGAGGUGUCUUCGCCGAGAACUAUGACCACGAGAAAGUCGCGGAGCGUUUGAGGUCCUGGACGCCGAGCGAGAAGGGCAAUCUCUGGGAACUGAGUGGACUCGAUGAGGGCGACAUCAUGUUCCAUCCGGACAGUCCUUUCUCGAAGAACGGGCUUUUGAACGAGACAGCUAGAUGGCCGGAAGGUGUCGUGCCCUAUUACAUCCAGGAGAAGGACUUCGACGAAAAGGACAUCUCGGUGAUCAAUGGCGCCAUUGAGGAUUACCACAAGUUGACUUGUCUGCGCUUUAGGAAGUACAAGGAAACGGAUCAAGAUUACGUGAUCGUCCAGGGGUCCAAAUCUGGAUGCUGGUCUCUGGUGGGUCGCCAUGGACAAGGCCAGGUGUUGAACCUUCAGAACCCUGGAUGCCUCCGUCAUGGGGUGGUCAUUCAUGAAUUCUUGCACGCUUUGGGGUUCUACCAUCAGCAAAGUGCCAGUGACCGGGACGAUUGGAUCCAGAUCCAUUGGGAGAACAUCAAGGAAGGCAAAGAGCACAACUUCAAUAAGUAUGAUAACCGCACUAUCACUGACUACGGUGUUGGCUACGACUAUAACAGCGUGAUGCACUACAGUACCCAUGCGUUCUCGAAAAACGGCGAGCCGACGAUUUCACCGACCAAAAAGGAGGAUGAGGCGCAACUUGGGCAGCGUGACGGAUUGAGCAAGAAGGACAUGGCGAAGCUGGAGAUGAUGUACAAACAGGAGUGCCGCAAACGCAAAUCGGACAGUCAGAGCAAUAGUGACUCCAUUGAGAACGAAGUGAUCGAUUGGAUUUUCAAUUAA